AAAGGGGAUGUGGAAAACGUGGCAACAGCCGUAUCGGUUGACAGUAGCAGGGAUGCUGCGGCAGGAGCGCAAAAGGGGUGUGUGUUUCCCACCCGACAACCGACCGAAAUCAACCCUUCGGGACCGUUCAUAAAGACGACGCGCCUCGCGCAAAGUUCAGCGAUGUCAUGGCCCACUUUUCGGCUGCGGGUGUCCUCCUACCUGAGACCGUGUCUUGAGCUGGGGUUGAAAUAAAAUGGAGUGUGGGAGAUUUAAAGGUUCGGUGGUGGAAAAACAUUGGUUCGGAUUGGUGAGGAAAAGAACUAAUUAAUAAAAUAAUAAAAAGUGUGCGUAUCUUUGUGCGUUCGUGUGUGUUCUCCAUCAUUUUUAUUUUGGCAACAUUCGCAACAUGUCCUGGGAAAGCAUCAACUCCCAAGACUUCCCCCGAUACAACAACUUUUCGAUGGGGGUGAGCCACCAGUUGUCGGCGACACGACUCCUCGACUCGCCGGACGGUUCGCGACAACCGAUCGACGGUCUAGAUCAAAUCUGGCCCUGGAACGACUCGUACUCAAGCUUACACCGCGACACCUAUACCGAAGUCAGGACUCCUCGUCCCCCCGUCUUCACCUGGGGUUGUUUCAGGGCCUGUCGCGCUCGGAUCUAUCACCGCCUGGCUAAACGCAAAGUUGAUCAAGGUUUGCGGCUGUACAAUCAGCACAAGCAACAGGCGGCUGUACGCAAAUGGAAAUCGGCGCUGAAAGCGUUGAGGAAACGGGAGGAUAAAUUUACGUUGCUGGGGUAUUUAUAUCAAGCGUACAUGGAUUGGGGGAAGUACAGGGACGCUUUAGAAUACGCUCACCGACAGCUCUUCAUAUCAGAGGAACUGGACAAUCCGACGAUGCGAGCCGAGUCGUAUUUGAAUUUGGCUCGAGCGCAUCAACGAUUAGGGGGAUUAGAACGGGCUUUGGCAUACGCAAGACACUCGUUAUACAAUGAGUGUGAGCAGUGUGCAACUGCCGGACACGUUCACCUGACAGUCGGAUCGGUAUAUUUGGAGCUGGCAGGAUUCAACAAGGCUUUGGACAGUUUUCAACACGCACACAGAAUCGCACAGGCAGUUCACGACCCCGCCCUCGAGUUACAAGUGUAUGUGGGAUUAUCAGAACUGUUCAGUAGACUCCAGGAUGCAGAUAAAAGUGCCAGAUAUGCAUCGAAGGCCUACGAUUUGUCCAGGUCGUUACAACUAGGAGAUUUGAAUUCAAGACAUCAUAGAGCUGCCUUGUUGCAAAUGGCUUCGGCGUUGAGAAAACAAGGGGAACUGGGAGAUGCACACGAUUACUGUUCUGAAGCCACAAGAUUAGCGUUAGUUUCCGGCGACCAAGCAACCUAUGCAAGAAGUAUCAGGAUUAUGGGCGACAUUUACAGGAAAAAGCAGGACAUAAACAAAGCGUUUAGGCAGUACGAAACUGCGAUGGGUUCUGCUGCAGCCAUGGGUGACAGAGUCAUUCAGAUGGAGUCUAUGGACGGAGCUGCCAGAUGUCUGGAAGCUCUUCGACUCCAGCACAAAAUCUGCAACUGUCGCCCGUUGGAAUUUAACACCAGGUUGCUAGAGGUGGCCAGUUCUGUGGGUGCUAAACUAUUGGUGAGGACAGUCAGGUUGAGGUUGUCCAAAAUCUAUCACGCGCUGGGCGACGAGGACCAAAGACAGCACCACGAACGGGUCGCACUGCGUCUGCAACAAGACCUGGACCUGAAUUGUGCCGGUUGUGGUUCGCCCUACGGUUUGGAGAGCGAUUCUCUAGAGGCACUGCCUUGUGCUCAUAUCCUACAUGCUCGAUGUGCCUACGAUUUGUUCCGUCGAAGCAAAAAGAAGAAGCGCAGCUGCCCGGAAUGCGACCGGACCAGUUCGCGUCUGUACUUGAACUGCAGCGACUACAACACCAACUACAGCCCGGUGCCGAUGUCCGUGUGCUCGUCCGACAGCCACUGCACCUCCCAUCACGCCACCAGUUCCGUUUAACAGCCCCCCAAAUUGGAGGUUUACCCAUUUUAGGGACCAUCGGAAUCCCACCCCUCACAGAAAGCCAGUUUUCUUGAUUUUUCGGGACCAGUUUAUCGGAAAGCUGGACGACGCGCACCUUGAAAAACGCUUGUUGACUUUUUGAUACGUGUAAACUUUUUUGCUCACUGGUUUUUUCUUCCGGUUUUACGAUUAUUGAAUUAGAGAAUGUUGAUUUUUCGAUAUAUUAUAUUAGUUGGUAGGCGAAAAUCUAUAGUCGUUAAGGAUCUGUAUUCAUUAAUUAAAAAAUAAAUAAUAAAACAAAAUGGAAACAAUUAAAACAUGUUGAGACGUAAAUAAAUUUAUUUAUGAGA